AUGUCUUUUACGACGACGAGGAUGUCCGUAAGCAGCAUCGCGCUGAAGCAGGGCGAAUCUGUGGACGACAAUGGCAGAGCCAUCAUCCCCCCGGACAUGCUUUCAUCGCCCUCGAACGGCGACUUUGCCAUAGCGCCGUGGUUGCAGACGAAUGACGAACCGCCAACGCCGCCCCCAAAGACUCCCCGGAGCAUGGGAUUCGCCCCAAAACCCUCGUUCUCCUCCUUCAACUCGCUCAGACAAGCCAGCGUCACCUCGCUUCUCCCCCAAAGACACCGUUCCAGCGAGUCUAACAGUAUAGGUGAAUUGACAUAUCCCCCGGACUACGCCUCGACACAGAGCCUGCUCAUCCCCCCCGAAUCAACGCGCAAGUCGAAGCCAUCUGUGUUCUCGAACUUUCUGAAGAAGAGCAAGAGCAAGAGCCGGCUACGCUCGAGCUCCUCCGAAGACCCUCUGGCAUCGACGCUCCCCCCACCGCUGCCUGAAUACGUGGCGUUCCACCCUGUUCCGAUACCACCGAGCCCGACGUAUUCGAUACAAUCACGACCGCAGACGCCGAAGAAAGACAAGAAGACGAAGCGGAAAGGCACUGGGACGCGCCCGCCUUGUCUACCUCCGAAAGAGGCGAACGGGUCUCAAAACGAAAUAACGCUCGACACUAAUCUGGACCAGAUGGACGGUAUCAUCGACCCCACCCUCCUACCUGGUCUUGCAACGAACAACGACAACAGUUCGCCCAGCAGUGCCUUUGAUAGUCAUGCACCCAGCAUCAACAGUCUGCAUCACUCUGACUACGGCAGCACGACGCGCCCCUCGACUGCCCCGUCGUUCAGCAACCCCUUCCUGCCGAUCUCGGAGUCUCCCAAGAAGCGACCGCCGGUGCUCGACAUCCGCAAAGUCUCCCCCACGUCAAUACCCCCACGCACGAGUUCCAUUGGCUCGAAGUCUGACAUCCCGCCCGCACCAAGCGCCGAGCCUGACAUGAAUGAUCCAUCGUGGACGGCGCCAGAAAGCUGGGCUGUGGGAAAGGAAGGGGAGGACUCCGUUGGCCCGGAUUAUUCGUCGGAGGAAGACAGCGCGGGCGGCGACAAGAGAUCGAUGCUGAGUCCGAACCCCAGCGUGAACAAUGCACUCGCUGCCGCGAAGAAGGACAGACGGAGAACGGUCAAAUCCCUUCGACUAUUGAAGCCCGAGAAGAUGUUCAAGAUUCGGAUACAUCGUGCUACGGGGCAAUUCCAUAUCGUAACAAUAGGACUCAAUGCGAACGUUGCGACUCUGACGACUGCGUUAAGUGGUAAGCUAUUGCAAGGGGAUCAAGAUAUGCAUAGGCUGUAUCUGAAAGAGAGGGGGAGAGAGCGGGUAAUGGGUCAAAAGGAACGUCCAGCAGAUAUAUUUCGUCGGCGACUUGAACAGGCGGGUUAUGACGCUGCUGACGGUCUUGAAACGCUUGGCGAGGACGACAUGAGCUUCCUGCUCAAGUUUGUGUAUAAAAGUCAACUUCUCGGCCCUGCGGAAGAAGAUCUUACUUUCGACGGUUACGAACUCGUUGACUUGACCGGUCGAAGUUUGCGCACGAUCCCGGUUGCCCUGCACCAACACGCCGAUGAAAUCAUCUCCCUCAAGCUGUCGCGAAAUCCCAUGCUCGAGAUCCCGCUAGACUUCAUCCAGUCCUGUACGCAACUGCGGGAGCUUCGGUUGUCCAAUAUGGCCAUGAAGAAAGUCCCGCAGAGCGUCCGGCAUAGUCUAACCUUGCGCCGACUGGAUCUUUCCUGUAAUCGCAUCGUCGAUCUGGACGACGCGGGUCUGGACAGGAUCCCCGAGCUCAUGACCAUCUUCGCGCAGAACAACCGCAUGGAAAAGCUCCCGUGGUACUUCCCCCGCCUGCGCAUCCUCACCACCCUCAAUAUCUCGAACAACAAAUUCCAGACUCUCCCCGCGGUCGUCAGCGAGAUGACGAGCCUCACCGACCUCGACAUCUCCUUCAACAUGAUCUCCGAGCUCCCCGACGAGAUUGGGCAGCUGAAGAAUUUGGGCCGCUUCAUCAUCGUGGGGAACCAGGUCUCCAGGCUGCCUGCCUCGUUCGGCGAGUUGGUGGGCCUGGGGAUUCUGGAUUGCCGGCGGAACCAGAUUUCGGACUUGUCGAUUGCUUGUACGCUGCCGAAGUUGGAGAAACUCAGCGCCGAUCAUAAUGCGCUUCAUGGAUUCGACCUGGCUUUGGGGCCGUGUCUAACAACGCUGGACGCGUCGCACAACGAAAUCACGCAACUAUCCCUCCUCCACAGUUCUCCGACGCUCGCACAGAAUCCCCAAUACGCGCUCAUCUCCCUCGACAUCUCCCAUGCGAAACUCUCAUCUCUGGAAGACCAGGUGUUCUUGCAGCUCUCCUCUCUCCAGGUCCUCAAGCUCGAUUACAAUUCCUUCCGCUCCCUCCCCGAAACCCUGGGCGAACUCUCUCGCCUCGAGAUCCUCUCGUGCUGCGACAACAAUCUCGACUCCCUCCCGCAAAGUAUAGGAAAGCUGCAAUGCCUAGAGCUCCUCGACGCGCACAACAACAGCCUCAUCGAGCUCCCCGCCUCGCUUUGGAACUGCGCGAGUCUGACCAAGAUCAACGUAACCUCGAAUUUGCUUGGCUCGUGGCAUGACCCCCCGCCCGUCCUGUUUUCACUUCAAUCACAGAGCAUGAUGAUGUCGUCGUCUUUCUCGGGGGAUUCCCUGUCUAUUCGCGGACCCACAGAUCGGAAACCCUCCACUGCGGGGUCUACCGAUGGCCCUGGCUUACCCCUACCUCCCCUCGCCUAUUCCCUCGAGAAACUCUACCUCGGAGAGAAUCGCUUCACCGACGACGUCCUCGACCCCCUCACCAUUCUCAAGAACCUCCGCGUCCUUAAUCUGUCGUUCAACGAAAUCCAGGAUAUGCCCCCGACGUUCUUCAAGGAUCUGACCAAGCUGGAAGAGUUGUACUUGAGCGGUAACAAGCUCACGAGUCUGCCUACGGAGGACUUGAACCGGUUGAAGAAGCUGUCGGUGCUAUUCCUGAAUGGGAACAGGUUGCAGACGCUGCCGCAGGAAUUGGGUAAAGUGCAGAGUUUGACCGUUCUAGAUGUUGGGAAUAACUUGUUGAAGUAUAAUAUCAACAACUGGGAGUUCGAUUGGAAUUGGAACUUCAACAAGAGUCUCAAGUAUCUCAAUCUCUCGGGCAACAAGAAGCUCCAGAUCAAGUCAGACAUCGUGAAGGGUCAUUCAACGCGAGAACGACCCAGCCUCGAUCGUUCCAUCAUCAGUCGACAGCGUCUCUCCGGGUUCACCGAGCUUACCCAACUUCGCGUUCUUGGGCUCAUGGACGUUACGAUCACUACGACAGGAAUGAACGGGGCCGUCGAUAUCCCCGACGAAAGCGAGGACCGCCGCGUCCGAACCUCGUCGUCCACCGUCAAUGGAAUGCCGUACGGUAUCGCUGACACAAUAGGGCGCAAUGAGAACCUCAAUAUGCUGGAUCUUAUGCAGGAAUUCCGGGGCAGCAAUGCGGGCGAGGCCGUCUUUGGCAUGUUCGGCCAUGCCCAUCCUCCCAAACAACUUCCAGCUGGCCCUGGGUCGAACAAACUAGCAAGAUAUCUACGGGACAAUUUCCUGACUGUCUUUCAGAGUUAUCUCGCUGCUCUUCGACUGGAUAGACAUGCUGGCAUCCCCGAUGCUCUGCGAAGAACGUUUCUGCGGCUGAACAAAGAUUUGCAUGAUUCUUUGUUCUCCGUAACGUAUGGGGACCGCAAGAUGUCACAGGCCUCUGGUACUCAUGUGAACAAUAUGGUUCUUCCCGCUGGCUCUGUGCGCAAUGGAGCUUCAGGGAUUGUCCUGUACUUUGUCGGUAGGACGAUGUACGUUGCGAAUGUGGGGAACGCUCUGGCGGUUGUUUCGAGACACGGUGGCGCCCAGCUAGUGUCGCGCAAACACGACCCGUUCGACCGUAAAGAAACUGCUAGAAUACGAGCUGCGGAGGGUUGGGUGUCGCCACCAGGACUCGUCAACGACGAAGUGGAUGUCUCUCGAUCUUUCGGAUUCUAUCACCUCCUGCCAGUCGUCAAUGCUCGACCCGACGUCGUUACCUGGGAGCUUUCAGAACAGGAUGAAUUCGUCAUCGUCGGGAACCGUGGCCUUUGGGACUACGUCUCUUAUCAGACCGCCGUCGAUAUCGCGCGUUCCGAACGAGCCGAUCCUAUGAUUGCCGCUCAGAAGCUUCGGGACUUCGCUAUUAGCUAUGGGGCGGAGGGCAGUAUGAUGAUCAUGGUGAUAGGCGUCGCUGACCUCUUCGACGAUUUCCCUACGAGGUCGAGACUGCCGACACUGGAACAGUUACCCGAGACGUACCAAUCGAAUUCAAGACGAAAGCAAAGGGGAGGGAUUGCUGAUCGUAAUAUUUCGAGGCUCGACGGAGAAGUUCCUGCGCCCACCGGCCACCUCGCCCUCGUCUUCACAGACAUCCGAAAUUCCACCCACCUUUGGGAAGUCAAUCCCGGGAUGCCCACAGCCAUGCGAUUGCACAACAACCUACUACGGCGUCAAUUGCGUUUCUGUGGCGGAUAUGAAGUCAAGACGGAAGGCGACGCCUUCAUGUGCUCUUUCCCGAAUGUGCUGUCGGCCGUAUGGUGGUGUUUAACUGUUCAGGUCCAGCUACUCCAGGAACAAUGGCCGCUGGAGAUAUUGGAGUGCGAAGACGGCAAGGAGGUACAUGAUUCGGAGAAGCGGCUAGUUGCGCGGGGGUUAUCCGUUCGCAUGGGAAUUCAUUGCGGGCACCCGAUUUGUGAUAUGGACCCAGUCACCCAUCGCAUGGACUACUUCGGCCCAGUCGUAAAUCGUUCAGCACGAAUCAACUCCAACGCACAAGGCGGGCAGAUAAUGUGCAGCAUCGAUGUUAUUCGGGAGAUCGAGGCGAAGAUUCUUGAUAACGGUGCACCUACAGAGUAUUCUGAUCUCCAACCUGUGCAGGCCAUCGAGGCAAUUCGCCGCAUGGGAGUCGUCAUCGUUCCCGUUGGUGAGGUGAAACUCAAGGGAUUGGAAACCCCUGAGAUGCUAUCCAUGAUAUAUCCUGCGGGACUAGAAACCCGACAGGGUCUGGUCACCGACGCAGGCAUAGCCUUGAACGCAUCGACUUCACGCGUUCAAUUCAGCGCCACGCAAAUGCGCGAGCUCGGCAUGUUAUGUCUUCGGUUGGAAGCCCUAUCCACUUCUCGCAUCUUCCGCCCGCUGCCCGAUCGCAAAGCCAGCAUCCAAACUCUCAGUGGCGAGGAUGAGAACAUGAACGAAGAUUCCCCUUCCAGAUACGUAUACGGGAACCCACAUCUCCUCUUACCAUCAGUGAAUGAUAAAAUGCCCGAUAACGAUCUUAUGAUGAUCCUCGACUCACUCUCUACCCGGAUCGAGAAUUCGCUAGCCGUCAUAGGUCGCACGAUGUCUCCUCAAGCAGACGUGAAGUCUCUCGUUAGUACGUUGUCAGAACACGGUCUCGAUGAGCGGACGUUGCAGCAGUUGCUUUCCUUGUUUUCGGAUACUCAUGCCAUUACCUCAUGA